ACGCCCGAAGGUCGGGGCCGGGGCGCGAGCGGGAAAAGGGCAGAAUCACAGGAUAUCACCGAAAGGACCCUGCGAGCUGCGGGAUGUGGUGGGGAGAGAUGAGGAUCUGAGUACCAGGCUGGGGAGGGCUGAAAAUUUGCAGAACUUGGCUUUGAGACUGAAAAAGAUUUUUCUGUUUCGCUAGCAGUCUCCACCAUGAUUCACAGCCUUUUCUUGAUCAACUCCUCUGGAGAUAUUUUCCUGGAGAAACAUUGGAAAAGUGUGGUCAGCCGUUCUGUCUGUGAUUACUUUUUUGAGGCACAAGAGAGAGCUACUGAGGCAGAAAAUGUGCCUCCAGUUAUCCCUACCCCUCACCACUAUCUCUUAAGUGUUUACCGCCACAAGAUCUUUUUUGUAGCUGUGAUCCAGACAGAAGUCCCUCCUCUAUUUGUCAUUGAGUUCCUUCACCGAGUAGUGGACACAUUUCAGGAUUAUUUUGGUGUCUGUUCAGAGCCAGUUAUCAAAGACAAUGUGGUUGUCGUUUAUGAGGUAUUGGAAGAGAUGCUUGACAAUGGAUUUCCAUUGGCCACGGAGUCAAACAUCCUCAAAGAACUGAUAAAACCCCCCACUAUUCUUCGAACAGUGGUCAAUACCAUAACAGGAAGCACCAAUGUGGGUGACCAGCUACCCACUGGGCAGCUGUCAGUGGUGCCUUGGCGACGAACUGGAGUGAAAUACACCAACAAUGAGGCCUAUUUUGAUGUGAUAGAAGAGAUUGAUGCCAUCAUUGAUAAAUCAGGUUCUACAAUUACUGCUGAGAUCCAGGGGGUGAUCGAUGCCUGUGUCAAGCUGACUGGAAUGCCAGACCUCACACUCUCCUUUAUGAACCCAAGGUUGUUGGAUGAUGUCAGCUUCCAUCCCUGUGUUCGUUUUAAGCGCUGGGAAUCUGAGCGAAUCCUCUCCUUCAUCCCUCCUGAUGGAAACUUCCGCCUGCUCUCUUACCAUGUCAGUGCACAGAACCUGGUAGCAAUUCCAGUGUAUGUUAAACAUGGCAUCAGUUUCCGGGACAGCAGUUCACUUGGACGCUUUGAAAUAACGGUGGGACCUAAGCAAACUAUGGGGAAGACCAUAGAGGGAGUGAUUGUCACCAGCCAGAUGCCCAAAGGGGUCCUGAAUAUGAGCCUCACUCCAUCUCAGGGGACGCACACAUUUGACCCAGUUACCAAGAUGCUGUCUUGGGAUGUAGGAAAAAUAAAUCCCCAGAAGCUACCAAGUUUGAAGGGAACUAUGAGUCUUCAGGCUGGCGCUUCCAAACCAGAUGAGAACCCUACAAUUAACCUGCAGUUUAAGAUCCAGCAGCUGGCCAUUUCUGGACUCAAAGUGAAUCGUCUGGAUAUGUAUGGAGAAAAGUACAAGCCCUUUAAGGGAAUAAAAUACAUGACCAAAGCUGGGAAGUUUCAGGUUCGAACCUGAAAGAAGAGUUUAUAAAAGGAGCAGUCACAAACACUUUUUCAUUUCUUACUUGUCUAAAAGUAAAAAAAAAAAAGCAGCCUGUCUCCUAGGUCAGUCCCCUCCUGGACCCACCCGCUCCCUGUUUUCCUUAGCCUUCAGUGCCAUGGAACUAAUCAAGGGAGAAAGGGUCGCCAGGGAGAACUGGACAGAACUGAAACACAAUCAGCACCAACUCAGUUCGCAGAAGAGAUGUGCAAUGGAGGGUGGAGAGACUUGAUACCAUAUUUAACUCGUUCUAAUGUGGUUACCAUAGAAAGGGACUAGCAUUUGUUACUCGCUUGGCUUUCAUUAUCUAAAGCCAAUGAAAGACUUUUUUGUUUUUGUUUUCUAAGGUAGAAAGAAAGAUUAGAAAGAAAGGAAGCUUGGAAGAAAAAUGUUAGUUAAGGAAAGGCCGGGUAAGAGUCUGGUUCAUGAGGGAGAAGAAGGAGGAAGCGCAGUAUAAAGUGGUAAAGUGAAAGUGGUCAGGCUCCAUGAGGAGGAGGAAGAGGAGGAGGCCGGGGAGGACAGAGUUGAGUUAGUUUCUGAUCCCUCUACUUUCAUAUGUGUGUGUGUGUGAUAUAAAUUUAUAGAAAUGGACUGGAGACAUCUUAAUUUCAAGUCCACUGUUUUAACUAUUGACAUGAAAAACAUAGUAGAAUCAGACUUUCCCUUAAGAACUGAUGCAAUCUGAGCAGUUUUCAGAUACUGAAUUGCUGCUCAUCUUUAGCGCUUCGCUGUCAUUCUCAGUGAAACGGUGACCUGCUCUCCUCCUGCUGGUGCUUGCCUGAAAUGCUGCUUUCCCUAAAACCAAAACAACCCCGUUCACUGUACAGAGUUUACCAGCCUUGUCCUAAAAAACAUUUCAGAAAAGCCAAUCCCAUACCCCCAAGGGCAGCCAUGUUUUAUGUCACAGUGUUGAAGCAUAGAAGGCCACCUCUUUUGCCAUGAAGGUAUACCCCAACCUAAACCAUCAAGAUUCCUUAUUUGUGUUUGGCAGUGCUAGACAGCUGGGGAGUCUACGCCUUCCUGUCUCAAACGUCCCCAUCAGUUACCAUUGAAGGUCCCGUUGAUCCUUGAAGGCACUGAGCACAGUAAUGUUAUUUCCUCAGAGUCUUGUUUUGUGUUAAGAGUACAUUUAUUAAUAAUAGGUACUUACCAAUCUAUGUAGAACUAACGUAGGAAGAUGGGCUUUGUUGCUCGUACAUAACCCAGUUUAAAAAAGAUGGCAACUGAAGGAGAACCUCAGUCUUCCCCAGUGGGUAAUUUUUAUCUUAGUUCAGUGUGUCCAUUACUGAUUUAAAUCUAAAUAUGACAGUUUUUUUUUUAAUUACAACUUAAAGAGUGAUAGUGUGCUCUGCUUCAUGCAUGGAGAAGAAUGAAGACCUAUACUCUCCAAAUCCUACAAUUGUUCUCCUAAGUCCUCUUUUGAAAGACUUAAGCAAUUUUGUGCUAGUUUUAUCUCCCUAUUUCCCAGACUUGUUAUUGCUGCAGAGUGAUAUUGCUUUGUGGUACGCUCUGGAAUAAAUUGUGCUGUAAACAACCAGAUGUGUUUUACAAUCCAUCACUCCAGGUACUGUCCUGGAUUACGACAUCCCAUAUAUACGCCUGCCAUACUAGAGGAAGCCAUCUCUGUGGUUCUGAAAUACUUGGUAUUGUUUCACCUAAAGGCUCUGUAGGAUUUUCAGACUUCCCAGGUCACAGGAAGCAACCUUAGAUCCUGAAUUGGUUUUAGAUGUACCGGUCCUCCUGUUUUAUUUCCUCCAAGCUGCUCAUCCUGAUUUCAAGAGAAAAACUUAAUGGAGAAAUAGAGUAUCUAGAGUAUGUGACUUGCAGGCCUCAACAUGUGAAGUAACUGUCCUCUCACCUGUGUAGGUGCAGACUACUGGGUUACAGGAUUUCUUUGCUGUCACUCAGAGGUGUGUCAGCAUAAGUAAAAUCAAGGUCUCUGUCAAGCUGUUUGGUUCCAUAUGUGCUUGAUGUGUGCAGAAAUAUCUUCUGUUUCAGUCUUAAUAAAGUUGCAUUCUAUCAGUCUCCUAUGCCCUAGUAUUUUGUUACUAGGAGUAAAGAUAAUGCUGUAUCACGCAUGCCUCGGCAAAGCAGUAAGAAAUAAAUCCAGUCAUGAAAUUCUUACUACUAUUGUACUUUUUAAUCAGUGGCCAUAUGUAUAUUUGGAUUUUCUAGCCACCUCUGAAAGGAUAGGGCAUGGUGGUGUUAAUGUUAUUCUUGAAGCUGUACAAGCAAGUCG